AUGAUCAUUAGCGAUAAAGACUUUGACAUAGGAUUUGAAGUUAAUUUCAUAUAUAUGCCUGAAGAAGAUGUUAAGAGCAUUGAUCAAUACAUAGAAUUACCAGUUUCUAAAUGCCAAGCUGGAAGAUUCAAAGGAGAGUAAUCUUAAACAGAGACCUUUAAUAUAACUAAUAAAUAUAGUUGCCCUAUUGAUUUCAAAACUGCAUUUUAAGGAUCAUAUGCCACAUAAUAUGCUUAAUUGCUUCAAGUAUAAGUUAGAAAGUGUAAUCAAACGAAUCUUACCAAAAAGGAUAAAUCUUUGAUUUGUGCUUCGGCAGCAGAAAUGGACAGAAUUUUAAACUAUAUGACACUAAAUGUACUAAUGACUAAUUAGUUUAUUGAUGUCAAUGAAAAAGUUGGCAAUCCAAUUAGGACUGUCUUGAAGCAGUUUUUCGCAACAAGCUAUACACCCUCUCAGAUGCUCUUUCAAAUGUUGGAGGUAUUAUCGGAAUUCUCACAAUCAUAGUUUAAGUAUUGGUUUCUAAAAUACAAGAAUACUUAUACUAUCAAUCUCUUAUUAAACAAUAAUUUCAAAUCAGAUAAGAUUUAAUAGUCAAAUAGCACUAAGAUUAAAAGAUAGGAAAAACAAACUAUAUCAACCGCAGAAUUAAAGAAUCAAUAAAAAGAUACUAAACUUAAUAGAUUAGUUGGAGAUUUAAAGAAUUGA